AUGGCUGCCUCGACUGCCCAGUCUGGUUCGAAACCCAAGAAGACGGCCACCAAGGCCAUCGAGAGAACCGAGUCCCCUGCCCCCAGCGCCGUUUCUGGCCAGGCCGAGAAAGGCGACGAGAGCCCCUACAUUCGUGAAUUGCAGAAGAACAUCCGCAGUGUCAACAAAAAAAUUUCACACGACACUGACCACGAACAGACCAACGCCUCCAAGGUCGAUGUCCUUCUCAAGGAGCACUCUGACAAGUCUCUUGAGGAACUCGUCGAUGCCAAGAUCAUCAAUACGGACCAGAAAGCCCAGGUUCUGAAGAAACCUGCACUCCAGACCCAGCUCACUCAGCUCGAGGAGCAACUCAGCCAAAUCCUCAAGAUCGAUGAGCAAUACCGAACCAAGGCCGCCGCCGACAAGACCGUCGCCGACCAGUCGCUAGAGAAGGCCAAGGCUGAUGCCGUUGCCGAGGCCAAGGAGAGCUUCGACAAGACUCUGCGCGGAAACCUGCUCCUCCUCUCACAAUUCCUUCGACUGGCAGCAUACCGUCGCGAGGAAGCCACCGACCCCGAAUCAGAUGAGAGCCAGGCCAUAGAGGGUGUUCUGCUUGCUAUCUACACGGGAGAUGAGAGUGCUGUCAACUCGAUGCUGAAGCUGGUCGACGGCUCCUCUGACCAGAUAUGGAGUGUCCCUGGCGAGCAGCUCCAGACGACUUACGCCAAAGUGAAGAGCCUCGCCCAAGAUUACAAGACCCCCAACUACGCUGAGGGUGCCGAUGCUCCCGAGACCAACACCGAGGUCACGACAGACCCUACUAUUGCCAACGCUGGUGCAACCGAGCUUGACGCCACCGUGCCUGUUGCCGGUGAACAGGAGCAGGCUGUGCAGACCGCUACCAACGGCAUUGCUAACAUCAAUGUGUCGGAUGAGGCUGCCAAUGCUGUCGCCGAGAGCCACUGGGACACUCCUGCUCAGGCCGCGAUCUCACAGGAAUGGGUUGACGUGAAGGUUCCUCGUGACCCAGCUGAGACUGACAAUGGGCUCACUGCUACCCCAGCUGCGGCUGGCAACAACCAGUCCUGGGCUGAUGACCACCCAGAGCCUGCCGCCGAGACCGCACCCGCCAACCCAGUAGAGCCCAACGACGGCUUCCACCAGGUUCAGCGAAACCGCGGACGCAACGAGCGUGAGGGAGGAAACCACCGCGGACGUGGCCGUGGAGAGUGGCGAGGUCGGGGUCGUGGAGAUGGCCGCGGACGGGGCCGUGGAAACCGUAAUGCGGGAGGGGCCCCGCGAGGUGGUGCCCGCCGACAGGAAGAGUUGUAG